CAGUUGUCGGACCGCAUUCGGAGCCGGCCCCCACACAGAAGGCGCCGCCGACACCGUCCCCAUGUCGACAGCCGCUCUCGCUAAACGCCUCGCGCGGCAGCUCGCGGCCGGGGUGACGUCCGCCAGCGGCGGCACCCGGCGCCGCAUGCGGUCUACAGAAGCCGCCUCCGCGUGUCCCUUCCACGCCCGCUGGGCUGCCGACGCGGACAAGACCGGCGGCAGACCCGUCCCGAAGGCUGCCGGAGGAAAGCCCUACUCGUCCAUACCGGCGCCGCGAGGUCUUCCGCUGCUGGGAACCGCUCUGGAUGUGGCCCUAGCCGGAGGGGCACCCAAGAUCCACGAGUACUGCGACCGGCGGCACCGCGAGCUUGGGCCCAUUUACAAGGAAACCCUGGGUUCCGUGGAAGCCGUCUUCGUGGCCGAUAGUGCGCUCAUCCAGCAGGUGUACGCGAGCGAGGGCAAGUUUCCCAUGCACAUGGUACCCGAGGCCUGGCUCAUCUACAACGAGGUCAAAGGAAUUCAGCGGGGACUCUUCUUCAUGGAUGGGCCGGAGUGGAUCGAGAGGCGCCGGAGUCUAAACAACGUCUUCCUCAAGCCCAAGACAGUGACGGACCACGUGCCCGUCUUCAACGACGUCAUUGCUGACCUCCUGGACCGGUGGCAGGAGACGCGAGACCACAGCGGCGUCCUAGAAAACCUGGAGCGAGAACUUUACAACUGGUCCAUAGAAUCAUUAGGGACGAUGAUCUUCGGUCGGCGGCUUGGGUGCAUCGCCAGUUCGUCGAGCAUGGAGAACGUGCACGAAUUCGUUCACUGCGUGCAACAGAUCUUCAACGAGUCCGCCAAGAUGUCCAUGAUGUCCCCUCGAGUCGCCUACAAGCUCGGACUCCCCGUCUGGAAACGUUUCGUCAAGGCCGCUGGACGUGCCCUAGAACUCGCCAGGGACUACGUAGAAGAGAACGUGAGGAACAUUGCCAGCGGAACAUCGGCGGGGCAAAGUCACCAAGGCAUCCUUAGUCAGCUCCUGCUCGGCGAGAGAAUCUCCGAAGAGGAACUCGUCCGGAUAGUGACGGAUCUGUUCCUGGCUGCGGCAGACACGACAUCGCACGCCACACAGUGGGCCUUUUACCUGUUGGCCAAGAAUCCCGAACGCCAGGAAAGACUGCUCGAAGAAGUACAGAGCGUCGUGCCUCACAAUCAACACGUUGACGAAGACUGCCUCGCGCGGCUACCCUACGUCAAGGCCGUCAUCCGGGAAGCUCUACGGUUAUAUCCAGUAGCGCCGUUCCUAACGAGAAUCCUCUCCGAAGACAUCGUUCUCAACGGUUACACCGUUCCUGCGGGGAAACUCAUCCUGAUGUCGCUCUACACCACCGGGAGGGACGAACGUCAGUUCACCGAGCCCAACGAAUUCCGGCCAGAGCGGUGGCUCCGACACGGAGACCGGGCGAGUCAGAGCAGCAACUCGUGGGCGUGCUUACCUUUCGGGCUGGGCGCCCGGUCCUGCAUCGGACGAAGGGUCGCCGAGGUGCAGAUGCAGUCCCUCAUUGCCAGGACGGUGCAGAAGUUCCACCUGUCGCCCAUCACCGACCGAGAUAUCCCUAUAAAAAUGAGACUCAUCACCACCCCGGAGGAACCCGUCUCCCUGCGGCUGACCCCGCGGGAAGGCACAGUGUGAACGAGAGGUCAACGACACUAGGAACUCCUUUGGGACGGAGCGCACCGCCUCGGAGCGCACAUCACUCGUUUGGCCCACGAACAUCAGCCGGCGCAUGGACGUGCCGUUCUGGCACCGGACGCAUCGCUCCUGGACCGAGCAUCGGGUGCAGCCCAAGGCCCACAAGACCGUAGCCUACAACUUCUGCUGGACGGAACUUGCGAAAGAAGGCCUCCCUUCGCGGAGAAGACUCUCCACACUUGGCUGUUGCCUUCAAGCUUACUCGAUGACCACAGGGAACCGUCUCUGUUUGGACCCGGUUGGACUGCGGUGACCAUUAAGCUCCUCCCCGUAUUUAGGCUUUGUAGAAAACAGAAAGUGAUCUGCACCUUACCUGUACAUUUAAUAUAACGACGGUUUUUUAGGUUAUGUAUUUCCAAAGGGCUGGAGUUACUACACCUGGACGUUGGUGCUUGGCUUGCUUUUGUCCAAGACCUUAGCGGUAUGCAUGGUUAACGGCACUUAGGAGUGAAAUACUACCACACUUUAAUUCGGAAAGUACCGGAUAACACGGGCCUGUUCGUUCCCGAAAGCGAAUACUUAAUCAUCUUGGUACCGGUUGGUUUGGCUCUGGUCAUCAUUCAAACUCCUCCGCUUCGCUCCACAUGGUGCACGCUUACUUCAGUGUGCAAGCUUGUGUAGGACGGUGCUCCUGGAGUUACAAUACUUUGACGCUGCGAACUUGGCUACAGGACACAAGCAGAAAUGCAUUGGUACAUGAAAUAGGUACAGCGUGGACAAAAACGACCCCGAGUAUACGCUCCAUUCGAUGAUUCAGGAAAUCAGCAAGCGGGGCGAACCACGGAAAAUGGAAAGCUCAUCAUACCUCAUAAGUUCCCGGUGCUCAUCUCAACCACGGGCAAGCUCGCUCAUGUGUGUAGCCGGUAACUUCCUGCGAUUUGAGACGAACAAAGGUUAACAUAUUAUUUGAUGAAGUCAGUAGUUGGUCGCUUGAGCGAUUGGGUACUUACUCUAUACUCUGUGGACGAGAGCUCGAAAGUUCCGCUUUCCUCGAUGUAUAGUUUGUCUCGUCAGGUCGGACAAUUAUUGUUUUUCCACUUUUUUAGGACUUGUUUUCUUUAAAGGUGGCAGUACUAGUCUCCCCUCUACAUUCUUUUCUUGAGUACUAGAUGGGACCCUAUCAAUGCAAAAUGCCCCCCAAACAGUUAAACUCUCCUACCGCCCUCUCGCGCCUUGCGAUAGCGUCCCUCCCCCCUGCCGAACUCCAUAGUUUACUCCCCCGCGCUGAUGUGGCCGCCUUGACGAAGUGUAGUCCCACUUCACGACCUCACUAAUAACGUUGGAGCAACAAGAAUCUGCCUUGGAUCUCUCUCAGUGUCAGCAAGUUUUUCGUUCUCUCACACACAUUUAACGAGAUGUGCGCCCCCAACCCAUCUCACGUCGCCUCCGAUUAGUUAACCCUCGCCGCGCAACAAUAAAAAAAGAAAAAAAGAAAAAACGAUGAAAGCCGCAGAAAAUUGUGUCGGCGUAGUACAGUUGUUCAAGAAGACCGGUAAUAACGACACCUGGACCUGCCAUUCGCUCGGCUUGUUUCUCUUCACAUGCGGUAGGUCAAUCAUUCUAUGUAAAACAGUAGCUUCUGAGAGAAAAAAAAAAAAGAGAGUCGUGAGCAUGCAUGCGGAGCGCAAUGUCGUCUGCCUCUUGCGCAGGGCUUGCGGUGAUGUCAAAACACAGAGUUCUGAUUGUUUUUUAUCGGAAGGAUAGUGGGUAGACAUCAAUACUAGCAGCCUUGACGUCUACCCACUAUCCUUCCAAUCGAGCCAAUCAGAACUCUGCAGCGUUCUGACGUCACCGCAACGUUUGCGCAAGAAGUAGGCGACUUGCUCCCCGCUUAUGAUCACUACUGCAAGCAUGCACGCCAUUCAGUGAGAUGAAGUCCCCCUCCGGUUAGUGAAGAACAACAACUCCGGUUAAACAGGCUUCGCGACGCAGAAAAAAAGACCGGCUGGCACCGAAUUUCAGAUAACGAGUCUUGUUGUUUCUCUCACUGCGAUCCGCCGAGAAAUACUCGCAUUCAGAAUGCUUACGCUUAGGAAUCUGUGUGACGUCAGUCGUGAUUUUAACGCUCCCUUCCAACUGUCCAAUCAAAUAUUUAUUUGUCUUCCUCGACAGGAGAGGAGUUUUGAUCUCGCUCGCAUUAGGAAAGACGAAAUACAACAAAUGCGAACACAAAAUGCGUCUCUGUCGUUCAUCUAUGUGUUCACUGAGUUCUGUCUUUGUAUAGCCUAGGAUUUUUUAGUUAUAUUAAUGACCGUUCGACUUUGCCUCUCUCUCUCUCUCUCUUUCUCUCAGAACGAGAAGGAAAGCGAAGUAUCAUCCAAUGCGAUACCCGUGUGCUCAUGGAGCCAUUCAUCGCGGACGACUGCAUUUGUCGUGCGCGCUUGCGCGUACGCUUGUCUAGUUCUUAGGUUUCGUCUCUCUCGCAUUUAAAUUCUUUACUUUCGCCAUCACCUCGCGUUUUUAAUUUCUCUUCAAAUUUCAUUUAUUAUAGUUUUUUCGUUAUCACCGGACGGAAAGGUACCGAGAAAAUACACGAACACCCACACACUCAUCAAAUAUCGUUCUAUUUAUCUUCCCACGUUCAUGUCUAGAGUUGAGCAUAUAGACCAUCCUUCACAAGCCGCGCUCUUUCAUAGACUAACCCGAACCGAGGCAGGCUCGAUGAUGCAGAUAUUCUUGGCAGAAACCCACCGAGAUUUUUUUUCCCUGUUAGUAUUCUACUUUCAUCCAGACUUGUCACUGUCGCUCAUCCUCAACGCCCUUUUACGGUAGCCACUACAAUCGAAGUGAGUGAGCAUUGCGCAAUGACCCGCUCAUUGGACGCUGGCUGCCACGUGUCACAUGAUGGUCAUGUUUGGUACGAUAUUAUUUUCACGUAGACCGCUUGUGUUUAUAUGAUUACAAAGAGACGCGACAUAGAACUGGUGUGAGAAAGCAACAACGAGGGAACACUGACUGUAUUCUUUUGUGCGCAAUGGUCAUUGUUUUCUAGUAAUUUUAUGUAUACCUGCAGUGUGUUUUUAAAUGCGUCGUGUGCAAUCAUUUUUCCCGUUUUGUAUUCCGCGUGAAAGGAGAUACUGUGAUGUGUAUAGAAUAUUGCGAAGCAAAACUCUGCAUAGCUACGAUACUAGACAUCUUUUUUACGAGGUACAAUAUAUAUACGCUCCGGAACCAUGUCUCUGCCAGUGUGAAGAGCUGCCUGCUCCGCGCACGCGAGUGUGCGAGACAGGCUUUAAGGGCAAUAUAAGAAUAUUAGGCACGUUCGGAGUAAUGGAAUGAAAAUAAACACAUUUUGCAUCACCUUUA